AUGCCUCCAAAAUCCAAGCUCGACUCGAGCGCCGCGACACUCUUCUUCAAGAAGCAUAAAACCACGGUCCUUCUGAUGCUUCAAAGCCACGAAUCGCUCGAUACCGCAAAGGAAAAGCUCCUGCAAGCUUUAACCUCACGAGGUGUCACCAAUAUCAAUGGCGAUGCGAUUCCCGAGGAUUCCUUCGAUAUCGAAUUCGGUGUGCCCAUGGACCGCACCGAUCUCGAGAAGGGCUGGAGACGGCUCGACGCAGAUGCACCGGAGGCAGACGAGGAGGGCGUCACAAAGAAAAAUAAGGGUAAAUCCAAGAAGGAGGCGGUCACUUUGAUGGCCGCUGGUCUUCAGGAUGGACACACCAUCGCUUUCCGCUUCCGCAAGCCAAAUGAGGAUCGAGACGAAAUGGAUCUUGAUUAUGAAGACCCGGGCUGGGAUGUCCUGGUCCCGACAUUUGACGAUGAGGAGGAAGAAUGA